AAGCAUAAGGUUGAAACUUGAGAUCUGUUUCUAAUAUCAAAUUAAGCUACGCUUGACCGGCGGAACUGUCCAAAAAGCCUCCCGUUUUCAUUUCUUCUGGCCCUGUGGACGCCAGAGAAGAUGUCUUCGGUGGUGGUAGUUGCAGACACAGACGGACGAACAGCGCCUCUUCUUCACAAUUUAUCAUCCCCUCCGUCUUCGGUUCCAUACGGAGGAGACUCGGUGGUCGAAGAAGAAGAGAUCGUCGCUUCGCCAUCAUCCGACGAACCUGAUGGAUCGAAACCUAAUUCAGUUCACCCUAGUCAACGCCUUGCCUCUCUCGACGUCUUCCGAGGCCUCACCAUCGCUUUGAUGAUUUUAGUAGAUGAUGCUGGAGGAGCUUUCCCAUGGAUAAACCACUCUCCAUGGUUUGGGGUGACACUUGCUGACUUUGUAAUGCCAUUUUUCCUGUUUGGCGUUGGUGUUUCUGUCGGUUUGGUCUUCAAGAAAGUAUCAAGUAAACCUUCGGCUACUAAGAAAGUCAUCAUCAGAACAAUUAAGCUCUUUCUCUUGGGGGUAAUACUGCAAGGUGGGUAUUUCCAUGGACGUCAUCAUUUAACUUAUGGAGUUGAUUUGGGCAAGAUCCGAUUCCUGGGUGUGCUUCAGAGAAUUUCAAUUGGAUAUCUGGUCGCUUCAGUUUUGGAGAUCUGGCUCGUUAACAAUGUUGCAGUUGGCUCAGCACUGACAUUUAUAAGAAGAUACUAUAUGCAGUGGAUUGUUGCUUUCAUGCUAGGGUCUUCUUACAUGAGCUUGCUUUAUGGCCUUUACGUUCCGGACUGGAAUUAUGAUGUUCUAAGUACAAACCUGAGCUCCUCCACGUCAAAAUAUGAAUUUGGUACACAAAUUGAACUGAAUUUGCCAGUGGAUUCUAUGAGAGUGCACUGUGAAAUGAGAGGCAGUCUUCUACCUCCUUGUAAUGCAGUUGGCUUGGUUGAUCGAUUUGUCCUUGGUGUACAACAUCUUUAUCAGCGUCCUGUGUAUAGAAGAAUGAAGGAAUGCAGUGUCAACUCUCCUGAUUAUGGACCUCUCCCACAAAAUGCACCAGAAUGGUGCCUUGCUCCAUUUGACCCAGAGGGCAUCCUAAGCUCAUUGAUGGCUGCCAUUACAUGUGUUCUGGGAUUGCAUUAUGGACACAUGGUAGUGCAUUGUAAGGACCACAUGGAGAGCGUAUUUUUGUGGUCCAUGUCAUCUUUCCCUCUUUUAAUUUCAGGCUUUGUUUUAAAGGUUUUAGGUAUUCCUUUUUCUAAACCCCUAUACACAUUGAGCUAUAUGUGUGUUACAGCAGGAGCAUCAGGCUUUGUCUUAACCGUUGUCUUUUACAUAGUUGACGUUAAACAUGUUAAAAAGCCGACUAUAGUGCUUCAGUGGAUGGGAAUGAAUGCUCUCAUAAUUUAUGCUUUGGCCGCAUGUGAGCUCUUUCCAGCUGCUCUCCAAGGUUUCUAUUGGCGUUCACCAGAAAACAAUCUGGUUGAUGGCACGGAAUCACUGUUGCAGGGCAUGCUUCAUUCAAAGCAAUGGGGUACCAUGGCUUUCGUAAUUCUUGAGAUAUUGUUUUGGGGUCUGGUUGCCGGUUUUCUGCACAUGAAAGGCAUAUAUGUAAAACUAUAGGUUCGCUGUAUAGCCCAUCAGUUUUGCUUUCAAGAAUUCCUUGUUUGUCAAUGAAUAUUCUAACACCUAACCCGUUUGCCUAGCAAAUCUUCCCUCUUUGCCUUCAAUUACCAAGUAAAUGGCCUGGGGUUUUAAUGUAAUCAAGUCCACUAAAAUGAGGGACCAACCUUGCUAAUUAGCAGCAAAAUAUAAUGCCAUGUUUACUGUG